AUGGCAGGCUCAAGCAAUGACCCUCGGAUCAAUCUGGUUCGCAUUUCGCAUGUUUUCUAUACCCAUAAAGACAUCGAAAAAGCCCAUCAAUUUCUACUCGACUUCGGAUUCCAGGAAGUCAAGCGCGUUGACGGUGAUAUAUAUUAUGGUGGCAGUGGUUUGGAGCCAUUUGUGUACUGUGCACGACAGGGCAAACACGAUGAGUUUGGAGGGGCAGCUUUCGUCGUGGAAUCCGAGUCCGAUCUUGUCGCUGCGACAAAGUUGCCUGGGGCGACUAAGAUUUAUGACUUACGAGAUGCGCCAGGCGGUGGCCGCUGCGUGACUUUCCAUGACCCUGUCGACAACUUCCCAUUUCAUCUUGUUUCCGGUCAAAAGCCCCACGCCGACGAAAAGGCGUUUCCACAGCUUGAUUUUAAUUUUCCAACGGACAAACACCGGUCAGGAAACAAAACACAACGAUUCAAGAAGGGGCCUGCCCCGGUACACAAGCUAGGUCAUUUCGGAAUGUGUGUCACCGAUUUUGCGAAGGCUUUAGACUUCUAUACCACCCGAUUCAACUUCAAGCCGAGUGAUCUAGUUCAUGAUUCCACCGGGAGAGAUAUAACGGCCUUUCUUCAUUUGGACCGCGGCUCUGAGUUGGUCGAUCACCAUUGCUUCUUCUUCUCUGAAGGCCCUAGGUCGCACAUUCAUCACUCAUCAUUCGAGACGCAUGAUUUUGACACUCAAGUGCUGGGUCACGACUGGCUUCGCAGUAAAGGGUAUGAGAACUGUUGGGGCGUUGGACGUCAUAUCAUGGGCAGUCAAAUCUUCGAUUAUUGGUUUGACACCUCUCGCUUUAUUAUCGAACAUUACGUGGAUGGCGAUUUGGUAAACGAUCAACAACCCACGAAUCGAUCCCUUGCCACGCCGGAUAAUUUACAUGUAUGGGGCCCGGACCUUCCUCCUACCUUCUUACAGUAA